AAAAGUUCAAACGCGAGUUGCAAGACGUGCGAUACAGUUUACUAACCCGCUGCGGCUACAGUGAAUUCUGCCGAGUGCAUAUAAAACCAUUAUGGUCACAGCAUCUGACGAUUAGUCAAGACUCAACUAAGAGCCAUUGCGCCAUAAACGUGUAACUCCGAACUAGAGCAUCCCAACCACUGCAGUCCGUUGAAUUUAGAUUUGUCGUCACGCUUAGAACGCCGUUGCGUCGUUUCUUUAGCGUUGCGUUGCCGCUUCAGCUUUGCAGCAUAGCACCCGGAGGAGAGAUGUUGAGGUCACACUGCUUAUGGCACGUGUCCACUAACCUACACAUCGCCUACGCCGCAAUUUACUUUUGGCUACUGUUGACUCAACUGGUGAGCGUGGACGCGACCAGUAACAGCAAUAGUAGCGACAGUGCCGUCAGCACACUUUCACCACCACGUGCACAUCCCGACCUCGGCCAGCGCCCACAAUUGUUGGUGGCACCACCACCGCCAUUACUUCCACCACCACCGCCGCUGAUGGACAAAACAUUGACACACUGUGGCAGCGAGGACAACACUAACUGGUGGCGUCCCGUGUGUACCACAGCCAACAGUGUCGACUAUGUGCUCUUUGCUAGCGAAUGUUUGCUGAGGGAAACCAACCGUGAGAGUCACUACUUGGACACAGGGGAAGCAAAGCCCGUUUUUAGGAAAAUUGCUAUGGGAUUCUGUCGACCGAAUUGUAGUGUUGUAAUUUGCGAGCGCAACGAACAACCGAUUUGUGCACGGAAUUUACAAAGUAACGAGGUACGCAGAUUUCGCGAACGUUGUGAGCUGGCACGGGAUGUAUGCCUUAACGACAUGGACUGGCAGCCAAUUGCAGACAAAGCAUGUGGCGUAAAACCUGAUAAGUCACUUGGCGUUUCAGAGAUCACCAAAGCCACAUCACUUUUCGCCUCAACAACAAUUGCACCACCCACCACACCAAAAGCUGCAGCACUAAGCGUGCAAGCAAAGAAAUUAUUCAAUUACCAAACAAAGCAUCUGCGCAAAGCUAUACCUUGCGCGAAGGUAUUUAGUCCCGUUUGUGCUGAGCUCUUUGGUGUCAAAGCGACUUUCAUCAACGAAUGUCUCGUGAAUGCAGAGAACGUAAAUUUUGGCAAAAAUUGGCAAAUUUUCUCUAAAGGCGUCUGUGAAGAGGAUUACGCCAGCUCUAGAGCUAAUAAGCACGUAAUUAAUAGGCGCAGUACGGUUGGCAGUGUGACUGUUACGUAUCAGCUGAAUGCACCCGAGACGAAUGCAAACGGUAACGUCGCAUGCACAUCAAAUACCACAUAUGACGACGGAACGUCAGCAAAUACCGCAUAUCGAUACACACGCAUUCUGCCGGCGGUUAAUGAUCAUGUGACCUUUUGCAAAUUUGGCGCUGGUCCCGUAUGUGGCAGUUCAGCGAAAAAUACGAUGCAUUGUUUUGACAAUAUCUGCGAGUUGUUGCUACGAAAUAUCAUAUUAAAAGAAUCUUGGAGUGUUGUUAACGAGGGCAAAUGCAAGAAAUGCAUUCUUAAUUGUGACACCAAUUAUGACCCCAUUUGUAUCUCACGCAAUGGACGCAACUACACUGUAAUAAACCAAUGCCAUCUGGAUUAUGAUAUUUGCCGGAAGAAGUACACAACUGCCGAAAUCCUCGGAAGAGGCGAAUGCGAUACUAUUUUAAAAAAUAUAAAUGGUAGCAAACUCCAUUACAGUACCAGAUACACAACACCUCCUUCGACUACAAACGCAGAAUAUUUCCCCAGACAUGCUAGGAAAACUGUUGGCUCAUCGGCGCGACGGAGAAAACCCCGGAAACACUCAAAGUUAGCGGAUGAAAAGCUACGUAGGCCGCUUAGAAAAAACGUGUUACAACAGGAAUCUACUACGCCAACAUUCAAUGAAGAUUCUACUGACAGUAGCACAAAAAAAUCGUUCGAUGUUACAACAUCGCAUGUAAUGAAUUUGUGGCGCAGCUCAAAGAAAAGUAGUGUAAGAAGUGUUGAAACACACGAGUGAAAUUUUAAUAAUUAUUAUUAGUAUUACCAAAAAUCUUUUUUAAAAUUUUGUAAAAUAUAUUGUCUGUUGCAGAAGCAUAAACAUUAGCCAGAAAAGGUUGGGGAAUGCUGCUGUAGUGACAGUGCAAGACGUAAAACAUAUUUGGUAUUUUUGUACAGUAGAUUUAAGAAAAAUAUUAUACAUAAAUAAAUUUUUGUUAUAACAUA